AUGGACGCUAAUGGUGGAAACGUGAACGCUGAUGAGCAGGGAAGGAGGACGAUUGGCUUAUACACUGCACCCACUCCUGACUUUUAUGGGCACAGUAUAGCUGUACCUGCCAUUGGUGCCAAUAAUUUUGAGCUGAAGCCGCAGUUGAUCACUCUAAUCUGUGAUACUGUAAAGACGAAUGGAGUGAAUUCAGAAAUUUACAAGCUCAUGCUCUUUCCAUUUGCUAAGCUGACUAAGCUUAGGGUGGAUGUCCAAACUUUCAGGCAGAAAGAUGGAGAGUCCCUUUACGAAGCCUGGGAGAGAUUCAAGCUGAUGAUCAGGAAGUGUCCCCCUGACAUGUUUCUAGAGUGGACCAGGCUGCAGAUCUUUUAUGAUGGCCUUUCUGAGAUGGCCAAGAUGUCACUCGACAACUCUGCUGGUGGUUCCUUGCAUAUGAAGACGAUGCCUGAAGAGGCUAAUGAGCUUAGGAAUCCUAUGAACACUGGGACUACUCAAAAGAAAGGAGUCUUGGAGGUGGACACACUGGAUGCCAUCUUGGCUCAGAACAAGAUCAUGUCCCAGCAAAUUAGCAUGAUAUCUCAACAAUUAACAGGGAUGCAAGUCUCAGGUGUCAACACUCAAGAGACAUCCUAUGACAUGACUAGGAGCUACAACCAAGGGGAUGCUUAUGGCUAUGCUCAACCCACCAGGGAGCAAGGAUGGAGGAAUCACCUUAACUUUAGGUGGAGGGAGCAGCCACAGAAGCCCCAACAGAGCUUCAACAAUAAUCAGGGUGGAACCAACCAGAAUAGCUUUAUGCAAGAGACAAGAGGUUCAAUUCAGAACUUAGAAAUACAAGGUCAAUUGAGCAAAAGGAUACCUGAGAGACCUCCUAAUACCCUUUCCAACAAUACAGAGGUGAAUCCAAGAGAAGAAUGCAAGGCCCUCAUCAUGGGUAAGGAGGCCGAGCCUAAGGAGGUGCAUGCUGCUGAGGAAUUAAAGGAAGAAAAGACUCAAGCAGAAGCUAGAAGCACAAUGUUACAUGCCCCAUUGGUAACACAGAAGCCUGAAGUCCAACACCCUCAGAAACUGCAAGAGGAUACCAAGGAGGAGCAAUUCACUCAAUUCUUGGAAAUCUUUAAAAAGCUACACAUCAAUAUUUCUUUUGCUGAGGUGUUGGAGAAGAUGCCUCCCUAUAUGGCCUGUUUAAAAAGCGCACUCUCUGAAAAGAAGGCCUUGAAGGGAGAUGAAACUGUGGUGUUGACCAAGGAGGGCAGUGUACUGGUUCAGAGGAGGCUAUCCAAGAAGAUGCCACACCCCGGAAGCUUCCUGAUUCCCUGUACCAUUGGGACUAUUACAUUUCAGAAGGCACUAUGCGACCUUGGAUCAAGCAUAAAUUUGAUGCCGCUCUCCGUGAUGAGAAAGCUGGGAAUUCAAGAGGCGCAGCCUACAAAAAUAGCACUGGAGAUGGCUGACAAGUCUUAG